CGUUCACGGACUUCUAGUGGAUGCCCGUUCCCUCGACCGGACGAUUGCCGAAACGGCAUUGCAACGUGCUUAUGGCACAAUUGCGGGACUACUUGCACACUGCAGUACCAGCUCCGUUGAUGGACGCCGGAGCAGAGGUUGUCGACCUUCUCGCGUACAUUGCGAAGAUCGACCGCAAGUUCAAGACACAACGGUACGACGACAUCGACGCACCAUUGCUAUACAUACGCAUUCAGAUCAGAGAGGCGACCUGCAGUGCCUUGAUCGAUUGUGGAGCAUCUCACAACUACAUCAGCCAGGACUUCAUGGCCAAGUACAAAGCCAACCGCGACAGGUGUGAAUUCGCGCGGCAGGAGCUGGAGUACUUGGGCCAUUAUGUGACGCCGCAAGGCAUCCGUCCGCUCGCGGACAAGAUCGAGGCCCUACGAGUAUGGCCCGAGCCCAUCAACACCACGGACAUUCGUUCAUUCAUGGGAUUGGCGGACUACUAUCAACGAUUCAUCACCGGAUACUCCAGGAUUGCUGCACCUAUGACGAGGUUACAGUCGCCAAAGGUGCCAUUCGUAUUCGAUGACGACGCACGCCAGUCAUUCCAAGCACUUAAGACGGCCAUGCUCAUGGCACCCGUCCUCAGCACCUAUGACCCCACCUUGCCGACGAGAGUGACUACGAACACUUCUGGCUAUGGCAUUGGGGCAGUGUUGGAACAGCACGACGGCGACGACUGGCACCCUGUGGAGUAUUUCAGCCACAAAGUGCCUCCCAUCAACUCGCUUGAUGAUGCCAGGAAGAAGGAGCUACUCGCGUUCGGCAUGGCUCUCAAGCAAUUGCGGCACUUCCUCCUUGGGCGUCGGGUUGUUGAGAGGGAGGUCGUCCAUGCGAUAGAGAUUAUCCCAGGGUCUAGUAUUCCAAGGGGUAGGAUCUAUCGGAUGUCUCCAGGCGAGCUUGAUGAGCUUCGCCGCCAACUCAAGGAACUCGUAGAGAAGGGCUGGAUCCGACCAAGUGUCUCUCCUUAUGGGUGUCCAGUUUUAUUCGUGCCUAAGAAGGAAGGAACUCUAAGGAUGUGCAUUGACUAUAGGGGCCUCAAUGCCAUCACUGUGAAGAACAGAGAGCCCCUACCGCGCAUCGAUGAUCUAUUAGAUAGAGUGCAAGGGUGUCGGUACUUCAAUAAAAUAGAUCUGAAGUCCGGGUACCAUCAGAUCGCAAUCUGGCCCGAGGAUCAACACAAAACCGCAUUUCAGACCAGGUACGGUCUGUACGAGUUUGUGGUGAUGCCUUUUGGCCUUUGCAAUGCUCCUAGCAUCUUUCAGCACGCAAUGAAUUGGAUAUUCCAUGACUACUUGGAUAAGUUUGUCGUCGUGUACCUCGAUGAUAUACUUAUUUUAAGUAAGACUGUCGAGGAGCACGUAGCACACUUAGACAAAGUUCUCAGUCUCCUGCGACAGCACAAGUUCAAGAUCAACGGUGAAAAGUGCGAGUUUGGCCGCACCCGUAUCUUGUACUUGGGUCAUGAGAUCUCCGCGGAAGGGUUGAAGCCCGAUGACGCGAAGGUGGCCAGCAUUCGUGAUUGGCCACGUCCUCAGUCUGUGACUGUGAUGAGAUCUUUCUUAGGAAUGACAGGCUACUACCGGACUUUUGUAAAGAACUAUAGCAUUGUGGCCGCUCCUUUGACUGAUCUGACCCGCCUUGACACCCCGUGGGAGUGGACAGAUGAGUGCGAGGCUGCUUUCAGACAUCUGAAGCAUGCAUUGACGCACUAUGAAGUCUUGAAGCUACCCGAUCCUGAUAAGCCAUAUUUAGUAACCACGGAUGCUAGCCAAUAUGGCAUUGGCGCCGUGCUUGCGCAGCAGGAAGGGCGAAAGUUGAGGGCAGUAGAGUACAUGUCCAAGAAAAUGCCGUCUCGGAGGUUGGCUAAGUCUACUUAUGAGAAGGAACUCUAUGCGGUGUACACCCAUUGGAGACACUACCUCCUUGGGCGGUUCUUCAUCCUCCGGACUGAUCAUCAGACCCUGAGAUGGAUGAGAACACAGUCGGUACUCUCUGAAGCUCUCAAGCGUAUUGAAGUCAUUGAGCAAUAUGACUUAGACCCUCAGUAUCUCAAAGGGGAGUACAACAAGGUUGCUGAUGCCUUGUCGCGCAGACUGGAGUUCUCAGGUGCGUUGAUUACUGAGUUCGAUCUGAUGGACGAUGUUACUCAGUCUUUGGUGGAAGCCUAUCGACAGGACCAGUUUAUGUCUGAGAUCAUACGCAGACUUGAGGCGAAGGAUAAGAAGACCUCCGCCAAGUUUGAGUUGGUCAAUGGAUUGCUGUUCCUAGAGAAGGCAGGGAAUAAACGCUUGUGCGUUCCAAAUUGCGAGUCCUUGCGUAGUUUGUUUUUAGGCGAGUGUCAUGAUGCCACCGGCCAAGACCACAGCCAACUUGCUGCAGCGGUUCUGGUGGCCCACGAUGAUGAAAGAUGCACAGCUGUACGUGGAAACUUGUCAAGUAUGCCAAAGAGACAAGCCCCGUACUCAGGCUCCUCUUGGGCUGCUCAAGCCCCUUCCGAUUCCAGAAAGGCCAGGCAGUCUUUCACACAUCAUCUUCUCCGAUUGAUGACAUCCUGGGCAGUUGUGUGUGAUGUUUGGUAUUUGGAGCCUCAAAACAUGCAGCCGGGCGAGACGGCUGUUCACUUUGCCGAGAGGGUUCAGAAGCUGAUAGCAAAGCGGGCUGGAAUCAAGCCAGUGCCAUGGGAUGGAUAUCUGAAGUAUUAUCGUCCAAGUCCUAAAUUCACCGAGAAGAAGCAAGCCAAAUAUGCAGAUGCUAUUAUCCAGCGGCUUGAGAAGCCGCGGAAGACAGCAGCAUUACCUUCGGUGGGGAUGAAAUUGAUGCCGGCAUCUCCACGGCAAUCGACUGCGAGGACGUCGGAAGAAGGUGCAUCGCCCAAGGAGGGAUCUCUGCAGAGCAAAGGGGAAGUGGGAAAGGCUGAAGAUGGAGAAACACAUGGCCCCACUGCAGCAUCAGAUAAUGGUUAUCAUGGCGAGGAGCCCCCCAAGGAAGAUGUUCAAGAGCGUCAUGCUGUGCCAGAUGAUGGGAGGUCACCGUAUGAUGUGUCAGCCGUGGACAAGUAAGACUACUUGCAGUAUCUUGUUGUGUAAGUCUUAGAUUUGAGCACGAAACCCGUUGGUCAGGAAAAUCAUGCAGUGUGUCGUUAUUGCAAAAAGGACACAUUCGUUUUGUGUCAAUCUUCGAAGUUGCAUAUUGGGGUGAAUCAAAUAGAAGUAAUUGUUUGCAUGUAUGCCUGCAAGGGGACACUAUGUCAUUUCUGUGAAAGGACACCCUCACCCAAACCCAAACUCCAGUGGAAGGGUGGGGUAUGUGCUGCGCACUCGUAAACGGUCUGUCUCUGGGUUUGCAAGGUGCACAGGCGCUCUUCUCAGCACAUGGACAUAAGAGUCAUGGCAUCCAGUCUUUGAGAAUGUCAGCACGUAUGAGCGCAUGCCACACUUUCUGCAGAACAUCUGCAGUGAGUGGAAUAGGUAAAGAUGAGGGGGAGACAAAGGGCUUGUGAAGAAAGAGGGGAGAGACGAGGGGGCAGUAGGAGGGGGGAGAUGAGGGGGCAGUAGGAGGGAAGAGCAUAUAUCAUCACAUGCAGUGGAACACAGGUUUGUGUGUUAAGUGUGCCUCUUUGGUUGGAAGAUGGUAGUUUCUUUGGACACUGUUCGCCACGCCACGGGCUGCUGUGGUGUGGAAGUCAACAGCAGAGUAAUUCUGGGAGCAAACAGCAUGGCGAGGGGGAGACAAAGGGCUUGUGAAGAAAGAGAGGGGAGAGAUGAGGGGGGGGAGAGGAGGGGGCAGUAGGAGGGGGGAGACGAGGGGGCAGUAGGAGGGAAGAGCAUAUAUCAUCGCAUGCAGUGGAACAGAGGUUUGUGUGUUAAGUGUGCCUCUUUGGUUGGAAGAUGGUAGUUUCUUCUUAUCAUGGCCACUGUUGGCCACACCACGAGCUGCUGUGGUGUGGAAGUCAACAGCAGAGUAAUUCUGGGAGCAAACAGCGUGGCAAUGAUGGAGUCAAUUUUCGGAUUUGCUGACAAAAAUUAUUUGUCGUGAUCUAUUAGCUCAGGUUGCGUACUGAACUGCAGUGAGAGUUGAGCCUCGAGCGAGUUGUAUGUCUAGAACCACAGUCACAUACAAGCCUAACAUAGACCCUCGGACACAGCCGGUACUCAUUGUCGGGGGAUCUGACCAUUCAGUUUCUAGUGAUGGUCGUUGACGACACAGUUGGUUGGAUGUGCAAUGGAUGUGCAAGUGAGCAUCCCCAUGUAUUGGGGCCGGCACAAGAACCGCCAAGAAGUGUUGCCUUGUAAUGUUGCUCAUCAAGCAUAUGGUAGGAAAACCUCAUCUCAGCCAAUAACUGACCAAAACAGAACAAGAUAGGUUAUUCAAAAUGGAGCCAGCCUAACUUUGCCGCAUCUCAGGCCGAUACGAAAAGCUAUGUCCUGUUGAAUCACCAACAAACUUUGGGCUUUGGGAUUCCACCCCUGUUCCAUGGCCUCCAUUGGGGUUCCAUUCCUGUUCCAUGGCCCCCACUGGCGUUCCAUCCCUGUUCCAUGGCCUCCAUGGGCAUUCCAGCCUUGGUUGGUGGCCUCCAUGUACAUGAUGUGAAACUAUCUGGAGCACAACUCAGCAGUGCCUUGAAGGAUGGAUGUUGUCAGCAUAGCAGGGCCCACAUCACAGGUUGAAAUCAGCUGAAGAUGAAAAACUGUAUGUCACGAGGGGUGUGUGUGUGCAUGCGCGCGCGCGCGAGAGAGAGAGAGAGACAUUCUGUUACAAGAGAGAGAGAGAGAGAGAGAGAGAGAGAGAGAGAGAGAGAGAGAGAGAGAGAGAGACAUUCUGUUACAACUUCAAAUGCGUAUACAUCAUGCACAUGUACUGGGUAGAUUUCUUGUUUGCUGAGAGAGAGAGAGACAUUCUGUUACAACUUCAAAUGUGUAUACAUCAUGCACAUGUACUGGGUAGAUUUCUUGUUUGCUGGUUUUCUGCAUAGAUAUGAUAGCUUGUAUAGUACUGGGAUCAGGUGACGAGGGUUCCGUCGGACUCCGAACGUGAUGGUUAACAGCUGUGGACAGUCUCUCCGAUCAGUGGGAGACGAUUUUGUAACAGAACACUUGUGUACGUGCUGUGUGCAUGGAAGAGAAGAAAAUAUGAAGCAGAUGAAUGGAUUGAUGACACUCGCACUUUUUUGUUAACGAGGAGGGGCGGGACGGGAGCUGCGCCUGAGUCAACCAUGCUUGUGAAUAAUUUACGGUCUCCUCCCAUUGACUUGAUUCUUCCGCUGCACGUCUUUGGUGUUGAGCGGUGUGGAACAAAGUGCCCCUGCUGUU